AACUUGAAAAACAAAUUUUUGAGAGAUUACAAAAAUUCGGAUCGAAGUAAUUCGCUUUGAUAGUAAUAAGCUACGUAAACAGAAACAAUAAAAUGUAAAAAAAUGUACUUUUAAAUUAUCUAUUCAGUGUCUUCGCCUUUUAAAAUUGAUCGGAUGAGUUAAUAUUGCACCCCAUCACGCAUUUGGACGAUCAGCUACGAUGUAUAAAUUCAUUCUGGGUCUGUAUUGUUUCAUUUUCAUUCCAUCAUGUCUGUCGUUUUAUCUACCCGGUUUAGCUCCAGUGAAUUAUUGCAAAGCCAGUGAAACUACAUCAUCAUCAUGCAAGUCCGAUGUACAACUGUAUGUCAAUAGAUUGAAUACCGAAGAGCUAGUAAUGCCUUAUGAGUACCAUCAUUUCGAUUUCUGUACCACUGAUGAAAGCGCAUCACCUGUUGAGAAUCUUGGACAAGUGUUAUUCGGUGAACGAAUCAGACCGUCUCCUUAUAAAAUAAAAUUCUUGGAAAACCAAGUGUGCACACCAUUGUGUACGAAAACUUACAAACCGAAUGAUGCAGCUUCUGAUUUGAAAUUAUUAUUCUUGAAACGAGGAAUGAGUUUGAAUUAUCAGCAUCAUUGGAUCAUCGAUAAUUUACCAGUAACUUGGUGCUUCUUGGUUGACGAUAGUGUCACUUACUGCAAUACCGGAUUUCCCAUGGGAUGUUUUAUGACCGGCGUUAAUGGAUUAGAUGGAGCUUGCCAAGCAUUAGUUGGAAGAGGAAAUACCAGACCGGAACAUUACUACCUAUUUAAUCACGUCGAUUUGAAAAUAAUCUAUCAUAGUGGAGAACACGAAGAAUGGGGUAGUUCUUUUCAAGGAAACGGAGGCCGAAUAAUCGCUAUAAAAGUUACUCCUCGUAGUAUCAAUCACAAAGAUCGAGCUAACCUUAAAUGCGACGGAAUACAAGAACCUAUGAGUUUCGAUAAAGAGAAAUUAUCCAAUCCUGUGGAUGUUACGUACAGUUACAGCGUCACCUUCGAGAGAAACGAUACUAUUAAAUGGUCCUCGAGAUGGGAUUAUAUUCUGGAAGUUUCUCCUCAAACCAAUAUUCAAUGGUUCAGCAUUUUGAAUUCGCUAAUGAUCGUGUUCUUUUUAUCCGGAAUGGUGGCCAUGAUUAUUUUACGAACGUUGCAUAAAGAUAUCGCCAGAUAUAAUCAAAUCGAUAGUGGCGAAGACGUACAAGAAGAAUUUGGCUGGAAAUUGGUCCACGGUGACGUAUUCAGACCACCUCGAAAGGGAAUGCUUUUAUCUGUAUUCCUCGGUUCUGGAGUUCAAGUCUUAUGCAUGACUGUGGUGACGCUAAUUUUCGCCUGUUUCGGAUUCUUAUCUCCAGCCAAUCGAGGAUCACUGAUGACGUGUUCUUUAAUUUUAUACGUUUUUUCGGGAGCUCUUUCCGGAUUCGUUUCGGCCCGAAUUUACAAAAGUUUCGGAGGAGAGAAAUGGAAAACCAAUAUUUUACUGACAGCUUCGUUAUGCCCUGGAAUUGUAUUCGCCAUAUUCUUCUGCUUGAAUUUACUUCUUUGGGCGGAAGAGAGUUCGGCAGCUGUUCCUUUCACGACGCUUUUGGCUUUGGUCUCAUUAUGGUGCUGUAUCUCGUUACCGCUGACCUUCGUCGGUUCAGUAUUCGGAUUCAGAAAGAGGGCGAUCGAACAUCCUGUAAGGACGAAUCAAAUACCGAGACAAAUUCCAGAACAGAGUAUCUAUACCCAACCGAUACCGGGUAUUGUUAUGGGAGGUAUUUUACCGUUCGGGUGUAUUUUUAUACAGCUAUAUUUCAUUAUAAAUAGCAUUUGGUCUCAUCAGAUUUAUUAUAUGUUUGGAUUCCUGUUUUUGGUAUUCGUCAUUUUAAUCAUAACUUGCUCCGAAACUACUAUUUUGCUGUGUUAUUUCCAUUUAUGCGCCGAAGAUUAUAAUUGGUGGUGGCGAAGUUUCCUGACUAGUGGUUUCACAGCUGUGUACUUUUUAAUAUAUUGCGUUCAUUAUUUCAAUGCGAAAAUGAACGUAAAUUACGCUGCGUCGACGUUUUUAUACUUCGGUUACACGUUCAUUAUGGUUUUCUUAUUUUUCCUUUUAACAGGCUGUAUGGGAUUCUUCGCGUGUUUCUGGUUUAUUCGUAAAAUCUACAGCGUCGUGAAAGUGGAUUAAUUGCUGGUGAUGAUUUCAUCGAUUCAUUUGUAAUGUUAGUUGAUUGCAAAUCUACACUUUGAUCAUCGCUGUUACAUAAAUAUUUUUACAUUUGUACGAAUAAUGAGAAUUUUGUCGAUAGAUCAUAAUAUUAUUAUUGUAGGGUAAUAUCGUUAUUUUGAACAAAAAUUGAGAUAGAUUUCGUGUGGGGGGAUUUAUCGUUGUACAGUGAUAAGAAUUACACGAGUAUGUAAUUUUUUUACACCAUCGAGAAACAUUCGUGUUGCGAGUAGGUACCUACGAGUACGUUCGCAAAUGUAAAAUACGAGUUUGUGAUUUUAUUAGAUAUUGUCUUUAUAAAUUUGUUUACAUUGCUUAUAUUAUUUUCUUUAUACUACCGCACUAUGUACAUAAAAAAAAACAAGUCACGUGUAUUGUAAAUAAGUAGACUUCGUAAUCGUAAUAUUAAAAUUAAAAAAAAUAUUAAUUUAUUAUUUUUUUUUCUCCCAAUUCGUUAUGUGAAUAUAAUAAUUAGGUUUUGCUUAAAUAUAUACGCGUAUUCGGUAGAUUAAUAUUUUAACUAGUCAACAUCGUUCAACAUAAAGGUAUCCUUUUUAAUGAUUUCAUUCGUUUUAUUCCGAUUUUUUUUUCUCUUUUGUGUAAGGACCAAAGGUAAUUAUUUCGAAAAUUUAUUUAGAAUUUUAUACUUAUGGCGAAUUUUUCCCUGGUAGAUGAAUAUUGAAGCACAAAAUGUUACCUGACUUUUUGGAUUAAAAUAAAACUAUGUUGUGAAUAAAUCUGUAGUUCUAUGGUAUUUCGUGAAUGUAUUUAUUAGGUACACAGUUUGCAUUUUCAACAUUAUGUUUUUCAAAAUAAAUUUCAAACUUUGUUAAUA